GGAACACAGCACUGCCGCAGACUCGCAGAGGACGUGCGAGGCACGGAAACAGGCCAAUUGGAUGCCGCGUCGUUCUCGCCAUGCGUCCCCGCUGCCAAGAGCAACAUCCCGUCCAGGGGCAGACUGGGCUGGUCGCUGCCCUGCCGCUAGCAGCGCCACAUAGCCUAAACGAGCCCUGCCUUGCAGAAUUGAUCGUCAACGCCUGGCCGCCGUCUUGCCCGAAAUAGCAGCCAUAGGCCCAUCACGCCGAGGAAAUCGUGGGCAUGGGGUCAUGCACGCGCCGCCGCGUCGGGGCGCGAAAUAUAUUAUAGAGCGGACUUCUGCCCUAGGGGGCCCUUCACGAGUCCUUCGUCCUCUGCCCCCUCGCGCCAACUUCCCCGGGUAGAACCCCCAGUUCCUGGAAGUCUUCGUGACUUCUGUACAUUCGCUUUUUCUUGUCUCUCGCUUUGUGCCCCUACACUAUGCGUACAUUUACCUUAAUAGGCCUUGUGGCCGCACUCGCCAGCCGUGCUUCGGCCGCCUGCAGCUCGGCGCUCAAGAUCGACGACUUCUCCAAAUGGUCGAGCAAUACCAACAGCUUGGGCGAGUGGACCAGUGACGAUGGUUCCAUGAGCACCAUCUCGGCCAGCGGCGGCGUUCUGUCGUUCAAACCCAAGUCCGGCUCCUACUUCUACGAAACAUUCUCGUGCCAGGCCGCUUCUUCCAAUGGCUAUAACUCUGUACAGUUCACCAUCAAGGGUCCUGCUGGCGGCUCAGCCACGCUUGAGAUCCAGACGCAGAGCUCGUGCUCGGCUACCAGCUAUACGUCCUACUACACGCAGGUCUCUAGUUUGACCGGAAGCUCGCAGACCAUCACCGUUCCUCUCAGCUCGUUCUCUGGUGCCAAUGCCAAUGCCGUCACUGCUUUCGUCUGGUCCGGCUUUUCCUCCACCACCGCUACCUGGCAGCUUAGUAACAUCCAGUUCGGCUGCGGCGGCACUGCAGCUUCCUCCACCAAGGCCCCGUCGUCCACCAGCAAGCCAGCCACGUCCACCAAAGCGUCCACCUCGGUUUCAAAGGACGCAGUCUCCAGCACGCGCACCACCCUAGUCACCUCCGUUCAGCCCACCGGCACCUGCGCUCCCCUGGUCAUCGACGACUGGAUGUCCCAGUCGCGUCUGACUUUCUUGUACUACAAUGCCAUGCUUGAGCCUUCCUCUGAUGACGCCACUAUGACCUCGCUCGUGGUCGGUUCCCCGAGCAAGAACCGCGUCACCAUUACCCCGAAGAACACGGAUUCGUACUUCUAUUCCCAGCUGGGCUGCACCAACGCGAAGAACAAGUACGGCGGUAUUUCCCUACGUAUUAAGGCCCCCGCUGGAACCACCUUUGCCGUCCAGCUUGAGUCCUCUGCGAACUGCGACACUGGAUCGACUGUUGCUGUCAGUCAGACUACUUCGCAGCUUGGAUGGACAUUCGAUGGCACCGAGAAGCUCUACACGAUUCCUUUCUCCAAGUAUGGAAACGUGGACACCAGCAAGCUCGUCACCUUGUUCUUUGGCCAGUUUACCAAGGCUGUGUCCUUCGGCCCUAUGGCAUUCUACUGCGGCAGCACUGGCUCGGAGUACAUUGUGACCACCACAACCCCUCCGGCCGGCCCAUCUUCCACCGUCGCCGCGCCCACCGGCACUGCUGCCGCCCUCGUCGUUGACAAGUUCGCCAACUCCGGCAGCAACGCCCUCGGCUUCUGGCACGGUGGCGACGACGGCAUGGGGCUCACCUACAGCGGCAGCAAGCUCACCAUCAAGUCCACCGACGCCGACUACUCCUUCUACACCCAAGUCUCUGGCUCCUGCACCGACAUGUCCAAGUACAAGGGCUCGUACCUGCACAUCGCCUACUCGGGCACCACAUCUUUCACCGUGGCGCUCCAGCAGCACAACAGCAAGUGCGACGAGACCAUCGCCCCGUACCCGGAGACCUGGGACUCAGUCGAAGCCAGCCGUUACGCCAAGAACGGCCACAUCUACAUCCCCAUGGCGCACUUCAACAUCGAGCUCACGCGCACCAUUGGCAUCGCAAUCAAGGGUUUCUACUCGACCGAUCCCGUCACCCUCUCCGUCAUCGAGAUCGUGCCCUCGGUCCCCGCGGGCACCAUCAUUCCCAACGACCUUGAAUCUGGGGACCUUGUCUUCGCCUGCAAGCGCCCCAACAGCUUCGCCUUCGCCAUCGACGACGGCUCGCCCGAGUACGCCCAGGAAGUCAUGAACGUCAUCAAGAGCGAAGGCAUCAAAGUAACAUUCUUCACCGUUGGCGCGCCCCUGCUCGAUACCUCCACGAACCUCACCAACGUCUACCGCGAGAUGCAGUCCCAGGGCCACCAGAUCGCCCUGCACUCGUACACGCACCCCAAGAUGGAGGGCCUGCCCGACUACGCCGCCAUCGAUUGGGAGUACAACGAGGACAUCAAGACAGUCGAGAAGCAGCUCGGCGGCCUACACACGAACUACUUCCGCCCGCCGUUCGGCACCGAGGGCGCGCGCAUGCGUGAGCGUCUUGCCAUCUCGUUGGGCGCCAAGCCCACGGUUACCAUGUGGAGCGUUGAUGUCGAGGACUGGCUGUGGGCGGAGACGGACACCCCCGAGGAGCAGCUCAAGGCGUUCCAGCGCGACGUGGAUAAGGGUGGCUCUCUGGUCGUGAUGCAUUAUUUGUACCCCAGCACGGUGAGCUAUCUGAGGCAGUUUAUUCAGAUUGCGAAGGCGACGGGGAAGCAGUUGAUGCGCGUGGAUCAGUGCAUGAUGGAUCCUAAUGCGCCGCCGCUAUGAGCGUGGCGUGCGUUGAAGGGAAUGGAUGUAAGCGGAGUGGGGGGAUAGAAGCGGAAAAGCUGGCUUGCAUUUGGGUUGGGUGACGACGUCAAGUCCAAGGCAAAAGUGAUGCACGUACGUAUGUUAAUCGUAAUGUCUCCUAAUCCUCACGUAACCAAAUAAAAAGAAGAAGAAAAACCUCCAAUAAUACAUGGAGAUGAAUCGUACCUUUUACCCUGAUGCGCGCCCC